UAUCCCUCCGAACACUCGAGCAUCAUGAAGAUUUACUUGAUGGUAUUUGUGAGCCUUUCCCUGGCGGUGUCCUCGCUGGGCGCUCCGAAUCUUCUAGAGGGAGGCGCCCACCACCACCACGGAGACCACCAUCACGGCGAGAACGAGGAGCACCAUCACCAUGGUCACGACGCCCCACAGUCGCCGUCGUCGGUCUUACUUCGAUCCAUCGAAGGCGCCGGUCUGACUCCGCCCGAGCCCCACGCCCACGCAGAACACGCCCAUGGAGCUCCGGAGACGAAGGCAGAGCCGGAGGGAAAAGCCGAGUACUCGUUCGAAUACGCCGUGAAGGAAGGACUGACCGACUUCAGCGCGCAGGAAAGUCGCGACGGGGAUAAGACGGAGGGGUCCUACCAGAUCCUGCUUCCCGACACCCGGCUGCAGAAGGUCACGUACACGGUCAACGGCGAGUCGGGCUUCGCGGCCGAGGUCACUUACGAGGGAGAGGCGAAGGAACAGGUCGAGUAGCUUCACACUUCGGCUGCCGUUGACCUCCGCUCGGCCUAUGCUGCUCCUCCACACUCGGCUUGAGGUCGACCUGUUGCUGCUUCAUUUUUAGCUGACGGACUCGUGCUUAAACAGAUGUGAAAGAACAACGGAGGGAAAGGCAAGAAAACCUACGAAUAUACCUGUUCGUCUGCAUUAUCUUGCCUUUUCACUUCGUUGCGUAAUUUAUGUCAUUUCAAAUAUUAUUUAACUUCCAUUUACGGUCAUCUAUCAUACUCUUGGUAACUCAUCAUUACCUCCCAGAAUAAAUUUCAUUGCUGCCAUUGUAUUGUUCAUCUACAGUUAAUGACUGUGGUAUUUUGAAUGAAAAUACAGGAAAUAAAACAAUAGC